UUUUUCUGCAGGAAAGAAUGACUAAAUUAUUUUUUUUUUUAUCUCCAUUUGGUUGAAUAAAGAUUUCAUAUUAAAGUCUCCGUUGUUCACCCUUAAUCUCUUACUGAAAGUAACGUAACGUUUUAUUAUACGCCGCAUCAUUGUCAUGUAGAACUCAUGUGGGGUUUAGUAAAUGCGAGAUGGAUGGGACGCAAGAUGUCAAAGAUAUCGGCCAAUGAAAUACGGUACUAGAACAGCUCAGGUAUCUGAUUGGUCAAUAUUGGAGUUUGGAAAUAAUUAAUUUUGGUCAUGAUGGCAAAAUAAUUAACCGUGAAGAAUAAAAGACGCGUAUUUGAUACGUGAUUUGUUUUUUUGUUCAUUGAAAACUGGUAUUUUCAGGUACAAAGGUGCUAAAGAAUUAAAUUAUCAAAUGGUGGGUUCAAUCCGCUACUUUCUUUAGCGUGGGCAGUGUUUUGAGUGUGUUGACAACUUAUUUAAAUAAUCGAAUAUCAUAUAGUUAUGACAUUACAUUAAACACACAUGAUGGUGUAAAAUAUAAUAAUAUAACGUGCGUAAUUUAUUCAAAUGUUUUGUAACGCAUGAGGGGAAAUAUUACGUAUAACAUAAUCAAAACUCGAUUCGCGUAUAGCGUAUAAUAAUAAAACGAAUAAUCGCGUGGGAAGAAAUUAAUCCUGACGUAGAGUUGAAAGUAUUCGUUAACACACCUAUACACAGUCAGAAUAUCUUCUAAUUUUUAUUGGAGAACGCCAUCGAUUUGUUCAAACUAUUUCACUGGUGAUAGUAUCGAAAUUGUAAAAUUACGGGAGAUAUUUGAAAUAUAAUGUGAUUUACGGUUCAUACUAGUGAUAUAGAUGAUGUGCAGUAAUUAACUUCAGUUCAGUUUCGAUUUCAAUUCAACUCUCAUACCAUAUUUGAUCAAAAACCAUUCACGUUCUCUUUUACUACGCACACAGCUUGUGUGAACUUCGAUGUGUGACAUCACGGUUCAUUGUUGGAGGUUUACGUCAUUCUUAAGUUGGAAUCCACUAAGGAAAUCCGAUUACAUAUUACCGUGAAUAUUAGAUUUUCGUAUUAUUUAGUUUAUUUUCUGAGGAUAAAUUCGAUUUUCUACAUUAUAUCAACAUUAAAACCAUAUGCAGUUAUAUAUUUAAUCAAUCCUACUGAAAGCAGCAGACGCAUUUAUAUUUAAACAUGUCAACCUUGCCAUGCACGACGUUUUACGGUAGCGCCAACUUCUGGUACUUUCAUUAAUAACAUUUAUUUACUGGAAAGUGAAAAUCUUAGGACAUACGGUGAUAUUGGACCUAGUGUACUGCGUUACAAUUUGUAUUUUAACAAUAAUCAACGUUCAUUGAUAUCGGAUAGUAGUCUAAUACAAAUAUACAGUUCAUUAAUCUGGCAGUAUCUAACGACUCGAUAUUUUACUUUAAAUAUAACAGUGUAUAAAUAAGUAUGACCAAUACCACUACCACUGUGCAGUGAGAUUGUUUUUAAUACGAUUUCCCAAAGCAAUUGUUGUGACCGUUUGUUUUUAAUUUAUAAAUUGGAAUACAAUUACAUCAAAUGCAGUCGUCAUUUGUUACGUUUCUGAUGACAGCUGCCACAUAUUUUCUAUAUGAGUGGACGUUUAUUGAUGAUACAUUACCAAGGUAAUUUACACUUACGUGAUGCUGUUGGUCCCAAUUCAGUCGCAGCUGCACGAGAUGCUGCAUUGCGCUGAAAAAUGUUGUAAAAUAAGUUCUGUCACUUGUAUGAUGUUUGGAGAAUUUUGCAUAUUUGUCACAGAACUUGAGCGCUUAUGCGAACGAGGAGUAACUGUUCCUAUGAGCGCCAAUCUUUCAGUGUAUUGUGAUGGAAAGGAUACUAAUUUUAAAACCAAUUCAAAGAGAAUGGCAUAUGAGGUAUUUUUGGGUGGAUCUUGUAACCCGACGACUUGGAGGUCAGACGUGGCAAUACCAACUCUUCAGAGACUUGGAAUCACAUAUUACAACCCUCAAGUUUCACAGUGGGGUCCAGAACUCAUAGCUCAAGAAUAUGAAGCUAAACAGACAGCAAGAGUUUUGCUAUUCGUUAUAGACAACCAGACACGUAACACUGCAGGUAUUAUAGAAGCAGCUCAAUUGGCAGCUACACGGAGUAAUUCCUUAAUACUUGUUAUAUAUCCUUAUCGACCUGGUCAAAGCAUUCUUGGAGAAAAUGUUUCGAUGCAAGAAUAUUACGACUUGAUGAAUGGGCUAUUAGUACUUCAGAACCUCGUGGAACGGCAGGGAAUCCCAAUAUUUGAGAAUAUUUCUACUGCUCUCAAUUGUACUUCUAAGAUACUCCGUGAUGCUAUUAAUGUACAGGACUUAAAUGUCGAAGAUGGAAUUAGGCCACUUCGAUUGGGAACUGAUCUUAUAAAGUUGAAUGAGAUAUUUAGGUCUAUGGAUGUUAAUAAUACUGGAACAGUAAGCUUGGGUGAAGCAUGGAUUGCAUUACAAUCUACUACAAAGUGUAAUGUAUCAGUUACAGAUUCGCUCAAUGCUAUACACAAUUCAGAUGUAUAUGAGACAUUAAUAGAGAAUUUUUCGGCGAAAGAUGACCCAGCCGAAUAUCAAAUAAAUUUUGAACAAUUCUGUGCGGUUGCCGCUGAAUGGGCUUGGAAAUUAAAAAAUAACAGCGUUGCCAGUGAAAGUGAGAUACCUUCAAUUUGGAGUAUUUUAUAUAAGAAGGCUUCAAAGUUUCUCCAUAGAGCUUUCAUUCACCCUUUUAAUAUCUUCAUAGGCUGGUCAAAUGCUUUAAUACCAGAGUUGGAAACUCGAGACAUAUUUAUUGGUGUAACUGGAACGGAUAUAUUUUGGUUGAACUCAUCAGCUGCACCAUUAAUUAAAACAAUGGGUUUAUCUGUGUAUAAAGCAGAUUUAAAUGAAUACGAUGUGAGGAUAUUAUCUCAGGAAUUACAACAUAUGAAAGCAUCACGUAUAAUUUUACUAAUAGUCCCCCAGCAUUCGAGGGGUAUAGCUAUAAUGGCAUUGGCAGCUCAUUUAAUAGGACUCAGCUCAAAACUUGUUUUAUGCAUUCAGAGUCUUCCUGACGAUUGUAUAAUCUCUGGAGAGAAGCUAACUCAGCAAGCUAUUAAGGAUUAUAAUCGAGGAAGAAUGUAUUUAUCAGACUAUGCGACUCGCGAAGGUGUACCUGUAUUUCAAACUAUUGCUGAUGCUUUGCAGCAUGCGAUACAAGAAAUUCAACGUCUUUAAUUUUUAUAUAGCUCUUCAAUUCAUCAACUAAUUUAUUUUUUUUUUUUCGUUGAAACCUAUUUUUACAGUAACUUAACUUGACAAUUUUUGUAAUUUUGGUAACUGGUUGAGGAUUGAUUAUGUGUAUAUAUCAUUAGUUAUUCUAACGACUGUAGAAUUUCAAACUGAGAGCAGGUUAAUGAAAAGUGAAGAUGAUUUUGAUUAAAAUAACAUUUUAACUACCUAUUUGGCAAUCGUAGAUAACAAAAUCGCGUUCAAAUGCUCAGACUUUUAUUUAAACAUUGGCGGCUCAACAUUUACCUUUCAAUAAUUUUUUUCUUUUUUAAUCACGUAUUUCUUUCUUUUUUUUUAAAUAAAAUAUAGCAAAGUAUUAUUAUUUUGUAUUUAAUUUUUGCCUCUCAUGCCUUUAUUUGUAUAACAAAUUAUAGCAAGAUAUGACAAUCUUAAACACUAACUGAUGUACUACUUUACGAGUACUCUAUUCAAUUUAUACACGUAUAUAUCGGAAUUGUAAGAUUCUGUAUUGUUAUCACAAUCGGAACAAUUUAUAUUAUUAAACUCUAUUAAAAACAUA